GGUCACUCACUCACGAGGGAAUCGAUACAAAUCUCGAUUACAGUUGCAGUGAAAAUCGGAGACCGCGAAGCUGCAAAGCAGUGCUGGUCCAAGCAGUGACAAUUAGCUGCCACAACUUUAAAACUAACUAAAAUAUGUAGAAAAUAAGAAUACUAGAAUAAAUAAGAAGCCUACUGAACUUAAUUUAAAGUGACUUCUGACGGCCGGCGAUAGUUAGGUCGCACCGUCGAUUAAAAUCGGUAUACGAUUUUUGUUAAGUUGUCAAUGGCAACGGAAGGCUAAACAUAUUUUGGGCAAAUACAUAACAUUUUCAGCCUAACAUCAAGAUGGAGGAGCUGCAAAAAGUUGGCCUGUUUAUAGACGAUAUCUACAGACUGCGCGUCGAAAACCCCAGCCUUGUCGGUGACAAAAUAAAGUUCAAACAGGAGUGCUUACAGUACUCCAAAAACUUUAACACUUUCAAGAAGUUAGCCUUUGAUUUUUGGAAAAUAUACAAAACGUUUGUGAAAGAUGUGGAUAAGGAAAAACUGCUGUGCAUUGGUACCCAAAAUCAACUAAAGACCAUAUCCAGUGUGCGCCAGAGGAAGCAGCAAGUCGAUCAAUACGAGACUUUUGAGAAAACUGUGGAGCUGGAACGCCUAAAGACCGAGCUGCAGUACUUGCGGCGAAUCGAGACGGUGCAGAAUGAAAUAAUAAACAAUUUCUUUAUGAAUCAUUAAUAAAUUGUUGUGUAAAACAUUAUAUAUUGGUAGGGAUUGUGUAAAAUGUAAGGAACUUUUGUAUUUUCGAGAUACUCGUAGUGGGAAGUAGCUGUAAUUU